AUGAGUUCUGCCACUGAGCUUCGGCAAAGAACAGCUGAUAAUUUAGCAAUAAAUGCCAAAGAUAAUCGACCCGUUUUAAAAAAUGACGAUAUAAAAAAAAAAAAUAAUGUUGUCAAUGGAAAGACGCCGAGUGGAGAAGAAUUCAAAGUUCCACAAACUGCUGACAUGUUAACCUCUAUUUUCGAACCUAAUUCUAAAAAAUCCGCGUUUGAUGCAAUGAUCUUGGCAAUCAUGGGUUUUCAGAUCGUGUUAUUUUUUGUUCUUCCUCCACAUAUCAAACAAUGGGUUUUCUUAUCUCUUUUCAUCUGUUGGAGACUUGCAUACAACGUUGGACUGGGCAUGUUACUGAAAUAUCAAAGUGAUAAACAUGGAUUAGUAUCAUGGAUCAAACGUCUAAAGAUUUUUGAUAAAAAAGAAGGUAGAAAGUGGUAUAAAUUCUUUAAAGAGGAAUUGAGUGGUAAAAUGGGUGAUGAUUAUAAUUUCGAUGAGGUUCCCUUGGAGUUUAACACUUGGCUACUUUUCCGUCAAUUGGUUGAUCUCAUUCUUUUGAAUGAUUUCACCUCGUACAUCUGCUUUGCACUUGCUAAUUUUAAUAUUCCUGAAAAUUCUGGCAUAAUCAUUAAUAUCUUACGUUGGAUUGGUGGCUUAUCUUUGUUAUGGUUUAACAUUUGGGUGAAAAGAGAUGCUCAUCGCGUUGUCAAGGAUUACGCUUGGUAUUGGGGUGACUUCUUUUUCCUUGUUGACCAAUCACUAACGUUUGAGGGUGUAUUUGAAAUGGCACCACAUCCAAUGUAUUCUGUCGGAUAUAUUGGCUAUUAUGGCAUAUCUUUGAUGAUGGCUAGUUACACUGUAUUGUUUGUAAGCUUGGCUGCUCACGCUUUACAAUUGGCCUUUUUAUCGUUCGUCGAGAAUCCUCAUAUUGACAAAACAUAUAAUCCGCCAACGCCUCUCAAUGCUAAACUAACAAAAUUGGUUAUACCAAAUACUAAUGCAUCAAAUGACACCAUCCAACCUUCUGUCCCGGAUUUAUCUCUUACACUAAGCCAUCGGUUUCGACGUGAUCUUAUAGUAUUUAAGAAUUUUGAUCUUUUACGUUCAAAUGACCUUUUUGUCGUCAUCAUUAUAGUUUAUGCCACUAUCAUCCCGUUAUUAAUUGCCGGCGCUUCCGAUAAAUUUGUUAAACCUUUCUUCUUCAUACAAUGUGUUGCAUGGAGGAUAUUUCAUUCGUAUAUAUUAGGUGCUAUUUUAUAUUACCAAAGCAAGGAAAAAUUUUUAACAAAACAUUAUAUUAAAUUUGGUGGUACUGUUGGUGAUGCAUUUGCUAACUGGAAGAGCAUAUAUAAUCUCUCUUUAUGUAUGACAUAUGCAACAUUUAUCUGUGCUGCUUGGAAGAUGUAUUAUUUCCCUAAAGAUUGGACUUAUGGUAUGGUAUUGUUACGCCAUACUUUUGGUGCUUUGUUGAUAGCUCUACAUAUAUGGGCAUCAGUUUCUGUGUUUGAAGGUCUUGGUGAUUUUGGCUGGUUCUAUGGUGACUUUUUCCUCGAUUAUCCCACAACAUUAUAUUAUAAUGGUAUUUAUCGUUUCUUUAACAAUCCUGAGAAACUCAUGGGUCAAGCUGCAUUUUGGGGUAUCACCCUUAUGGCAAAUAGUUGGUUUAUUUUUGGCUUGGCAUUGUUUGCUCAAGUCUCAAAUCUUUUGUUCUUGCGAUAUGUUGAGAGUCCUCAUAUGAAAAAAUUAUAUGGUGACAAAAUCCGCAAAGAAGCUGGUGUCAUUAAAACUAUAAAGCGUGCCAAAUUCCUUCGAGGAAAAUUUGGCGAGGAUGUUGUUCAUGAGAUUCAAGCAGUUGAACGAAUCGUUAAAGAAGUAGCCGAAAGAAUUAUGGAAGAAACAGCUGAAGUUGUUGGUGUAUUUGUUGAAGCUGCUAAACCGAGAUUAAAUGAAGUCGUAUCUGAAACUCGUUCUUUGCUUAAAAUAUUUAGAAUUUCAGGGAAUAGAUUUAUGAUUCGCCAAGUUGACGAGGGUGAUGACGACUCUAAGCAUUAUUCCAUUGCUCUUCCAUUGUCGGAAGGUAUGGCUAAUUUAUCUUCACUACAAAACUCAGAAGAUGGUAAUAUAAAAGCGAAACCAAUAAUAUUCGAGCUUGGAACACCAAUACAUAUAUCAUGGACAGCACCCAAAAAUCAUGCUCGUAGAGAUUGGAUUGGAAUAUAUAAGGUCACUUCCAAUUCAUCUAAAAAAGUUACAGAGGCCUCAAGUAGAGGACGAUUUGUUUACGUAUCACCUGAGGAAGAGGAAGAAUCAUAUCUCCACUCGGUCACAAAUAGUUUAAAUAACAAUGAUAAUGAUAAACUUGUUGAUAGUGGUGAAAUGUGGUUUAAAGGGGACCUUUUACCAUGGGAAAUCGGUACCUACGAAUUUAGGUAUCAUCACGAUAACAAAUACAAUGUCAUGGCUAUUUCUCAACCAUUCGAAAUUGCAGCAAUUGUACCAAAAUCAGAUGAUCUUCAUGUCAUUGAACAAACAAUUCUCACAUUAGUACAAAGAGUUCUUGAUUCUGAUAGUAUACAUACUACAAAAAAUGACUAUUCUGAUAGUAAAAUCCCACAUACUACAAGCGAUGACUACAUACUCAUGAAGGAAAUCCAUGCUAAACGUAUUGUAUAUGGAAUUAAGAUGAUGUUUGGUGUAGAUUUAGCAUGGGAAGUUGUUAGUUUUGAUGGAAAUGUUGGAAGAUUGGCACAACGG